AUGAAAAUCUUUAUAGCUCUCAUAGCUCAAAUCUGACUAGCUGCUUGCCUUUCAAUUGGAGUUAAAGAUUCUACUCUUGACCCUGGCAGAAUUUUAUGACCAAAAGAAACCUGGGUAAGCAGCCCAAUUCAAGUCUCUCAAACUAAUGCAGGAUCAAGUGUUAUAUUAACUUUUACUUUCAGGCCUAGCACCACUCUUUCCAAUGGCAUUCUAGAAGUAGAUCUUCCAUCUGGCUUAUCUGGAGGUCCUUUUUAUCUUUCAGGAAACUUCGUGCAGAACCAAGAUCAAUCUCUCAGCACUACUUCAAUUACUUUACCAUCAUCUCCAGGUGUUUACGGACCUUUUGUUCUUAUAACCCGAUCUUCAUCCACCGGACAAAUUUAUGAUGCAAAUUACAUUUUCGGCUGUCUGGCCACUACAAGUUCUGUCCCUACUUCAUCAACAUUAAUUGUAACGAAUGCUGCGGCAAGUCCAAUUGUUGGGACAACUGAUACCUUAUAUUUAAGUUUAGCUUAAAAUAAUUCUUUUGUUCAUUACUUCUUGGCCUCUACUAGGGCCACAGCUUUGAGCAACGGUAGGUGGUACAGCUUUGAACAACAGUAGAUGGCGCGGUUUAACAGUCAUCUGUUUCAAUACCCAAGCCCCUUAGAGCCUCUCUGAUUUACACCAGACUCAGUGUAGACCCAUUCUCUUGAGCCGAGACUCUCAAGAAGUCAUGGACUUCUCGCUGAGCUCGGAUGUAGGACCUGAGCCCAUCCCUAACUGACAUUAUUAAUUGUGAUGUGCCUUAUAUUUUGCAUUUAGUAUUAUCCAAAGCUUAUGAAAAUACGAUAUCAUUGAAAUCGUACCUCCUUCAACGUUCACACCUUCUUUGUCAGUUUCUUGUGCUUCUGUGACAGUGACUGGGACAAUUAAUCUUCUAUAUGGACCCGCAAAAAACAAUAAUUUGCCUUGUGCUUUAGCAGCUCAAAGCAGUUCUACAACAGGUCCUCAAACUGUAUCUUCUAGCUCAAACAGCGUUUAUAUAUAUGGACUUUCGCAAGAUGUUUACUUAUCAUCAAGCAUUUUAUCAAUUAAGCUUACUCCCGCUUUAGUAGCUGAUGAGCGAGAUUUUUGCUCGUUGCAGAGAUGUUUUAAAACAUUUAUAUAAAAUCCUCUAUAAGAAUUUUUUUUUGGGGGAUUUUAAAAAUAUUUGACUAAUAAUUUUUAUAAAUUAAUGUUUUAAAAUGCAAGCUGUCUAAAAUUUAUGAGAUUUAAUAUUCUAAUCGUUAAUUUAUACCCCUAAUUUUUUUUCUAACGGUUUUGACCUCAAAAAGGUGGAGUUAGUGUAUCUACUUUUACAUACCCUGGCUAUCAGCAGCCAUCGAGCUCAAAUACUUGGAAAUUAAAAAUUUGGAGAUGGGGAACUUCCACCUUAAUUGCAAGCUAUAUUGCCCCAGGUGGUCCAGCAACCCCUACAUAUGGCUCAAUUACAGCUACAUGAACUCCUGUGAGCGGGAUUUCAGCAACUGAUGUGGUAUCAGGAAUGACGAUUUUUACAAAAGUGGCUUUUACAACAUCUCAUGACAUCCCUGCAGGUGGAACCGCUGUUAUUGUUUUCUCAAAUGUGGAUAUCUCAGGAAAAUGGUGAGCAGAGCUUGAUAACUCAGGAAGUUCAGGAUCAAGCCAGUGCUAUAUAACACCUGCUAUAUCUGGGGCUUCUUGCACCGUUAAUAGCAGCACCCAAGUUACUCUUACUUUUACGAGUGGUAAAAAAAGUGGGGCAAUAACCAUAGCUUUAUUGGUUACUUUUAGCUCAGGCCCCAAAAUUGCAUCAAUUAUAACUAGUAAUGGAUCAUAUAAUAUUGAUUAUUCUGCAAGUUUGCCGUCCUGGACGCUGAGCAGCGCUAAUUUAGCUUAUAAUUAUUUCAAAUUCCAUGCAAUGGGAGAUGCGUCAGAUACAACAAAUACAAAAUACCCAGCCUUGGCCAAUUCUGGGACAUAUUCAACUGGCUUUCUAUAUGGUGCCGAUACAUCUCAUGACUUAUUCUGGGCAUUUAAACCAGCUGCUACAUGGACUACUUCGACAGCUUUAACAAUUACUCUUCAAAUGUCUACAUCAGCACUAUCAUUAACUCAGCCUUAUAUCGGUUCAGGAUUUACUGCAUAUGAAUUAAACAGUGCUCUUUCUGGCAGUGCCACAGCUUUAUCUGGGUCUUCACUUAAAGGCACUUAUACAGUUUCUGGGAGUACCAUAACUGUUGGCUUUACAACAGCUCCAACCUCUUCUUAUUAUUUCAUUUUUGCUUUUGGAGGUAGCAUGACAGCUCUACCUUACGUUUCUUCCAAUUUAGGGACGUUCUACGAAUGCUAUGCAACGUCAACUACAGGCAGUUCUAAAGAAAUAGGAAGCUCAGUUUAUUCAGUGCUCACUAAAGACUAUGGAGGAUCUGGAAUCUACGCUAAGCCACUAUGCAAGGAUAAUAAUGCACCUGGCAUUCCCCUUUUAAGUGUUUUUACAGCUAAAAUAAUGACUAUUGAUUUUGGGUCUGCCAGCUAUGUUUUAGAGAUACAGAUUGCGAAUGGAGGAGAUCUUGGGACUGGCUUAAACGCAGGAGACUCUAUUCCUCUACAAUCAUCAGCUGGAUCAUCUGUAUCUGCAACAUUAUACUCAAUUUCAAAUCCAACCACAAUCAGAAUUACAGGUCUAGGGAGUAUAGCAACCUCCACUACCGUCAGCACAUUUUUGGCAAUGGGAGUGAUUUCUGGAGCAACAACCUUUGACAGCACUUCUUAUCUUUACUAUACCACUUCUUCAGACCCCAGUAUCAAAAAUGCAUUAUAUAUGAGCCAAAUUACCCAAAUAACGUCUAUAGGGCUUUCCCUUGAAUAGCCCGAUAACGGGAUGAAGCCAGCCCGUUAUCGGGCUAUUCAAGGGAAAGCCCUAUAUGACUUCUGGAACAACCUCAUUGACUUCUGGAUCACAAACAAGCAGCUGGGGAGUCUCAAUUUCAUCUAGCUUAACUAUCACAGCUAAAGCAGCAUCAUCGACGACUUCAAAUACUUAUAUUGGGAUUGGGCUUCCUGUAGGAUUUACUUUAUCCUCACCGGCAAUUUCAGUGGCAAGUGCUAUGCCGACGUCAAGUUAUUAUGCUUCUAAUAGCAAUGCUUAUUCAAAAGGUGGAUUUAUAGUAGGGAUAAGCACAAGCUCAACUUUUGCAUUUACAAGCGGCACGAAUGUAGCGAUGUCUGUUACAGGGGUUGUUGCACCUGGAUAUGCUGGGUCAUCUUCUUCUUCAAACACUGUUUAUUUCAACUUAUUUGCGGUUACUUCUGGAGGAGUUGGUGGAUCUUGCUCUAUAUCUGAUGCAACUCACCUAUCUGGUAUUGUCAACUUGGGAUCAAUAGGAACUGUGACUUGUACCCCUUCUGCUACAUAUGCAGCAGGCCCAGACUCUGUAAGUAUUAUAGCGUCUGCACUGCUAUAAUGCGCCUUGAUGCAUGAUUCUCCACAACAACUUGGAGCUCUUACGAGCCACCAGCAUGUCAACUCCAAGUUGAGGAAAGCACAUCAUUUUGCAAGGAUUUGCCAACUCGAAGUUCCUUUGCCAUCUUUCAGCGGCAUGUGAGAGCUCCAAUUAGCCAUGCAGAAGCAUCAAGGUAUAGAAAUUGCCCGAGGAUGGCGCUAUAUUGCGCCAUCCUCGGGCAAUUGGAGACACGGCUCCACACGGGAAUUGUGUUCCACGUGUGGAGCCAUUUUUCCACGUGGGAAAAUGUGGAUUCCACACGUGGAAAAAUGGCUCCACACGUGGAAUACGGUUCCCGUGUGGAGCCAAUUUUCGCUUGCCCUAGGAUGGCGCCAUAUAGCGCCAUCCUAGGGCAAAUCCUAUAUGCUAUAACGGUGCAGAUGCUAUACACAAUAAGCCUUUCGUUGGUAACUGCGAAUCCUAUACCCAUGCAUUAAAAUGGUGUGGGAAUCAGCCUACCCUAUUAACUCAUGUAGCCGACAUCCGAAAGGGUGCCGGUGAUCUAAGGAAGGAGGUUGGCGCUUGACAUAAUUAUCGGCUAGGUUUUUCUUAGUUUGGUAAAGAGUAAUGUCAGGUUGGCCAAAUCAAGGUUUACUAUCCAAACUUUCCGACUGCCAGAGAGCAUGCGCAGGCCUAUAUCUAGUAGGAGCAAGAUUUUGAGGUCGUGCUAUAAUUGUCAGCGAAUCUGAGGAGUUAAGCGUUAUGGUAGGGAAUAAGGAUCUUCUGAUCCCGACGGGGAAUUUUUCAAUAAUCUAUCUAAGUGUAAGAGCAAAUCCAAUCCCCGCGGGUGGAAAAAUUACUCUUAUAUUGAGCUCAUCUUGGUCAUAUUAUUCAUCAACUUGUACAGCUUCAGGACUAUCUGACAUGGACUCAACUAACAAAGUGACCUGCAGCAUUGCAUCAUCUAUGCUAACAAUAACUAAAUUUGCUGCAAUUCCAUCAGGAACUAUAAAUAUCUCAAUCCCUCAAGUCCUUCCUCCAUUAUCAGCAGGAAAUUACCAAUGCUUUACAACAGUUUUAACCCAAGACGCAAAAAGCAAUUAUAUCGAUACAGGGACAGGUUUAACUCAAAAUGUAGUUUUAACUUCUCCAGGGACUGCUGGAACUUCAACAAGCAUAACUGCAACCGCAUAUCCUAACUUCGCUGGAGCCUCAGGAGUUGAUAUUUAUUUGUCCUUUUCACUCUCUAACUCCCCCCCCUCCGUGAGUGAGCAAAACCAUUAGAAAAAUCGCUAUUUUUUGCCCACCCUCCGUGAGUGAACAAAAAUUUUUUUAAUAGAAAAUUUUUUUAUGGAAAAAAUUUUUGAUAUAUAAAUGAUAGUUAGUAUAAUGAAAUUUAGAGCUAAUUCUGUUUAAUUUUAAACGGAUUGCUUUUUAAAACAUAAAUUUUAUAAAUUAAAUUAAUAUUUGCUUUCCAAUUUUUGCGAAUUAGAUUUUUUUAAAUUUCGACAAAAAUAUUUUUUAUAAAAUUUAUAUAUAAAUUUUUUUUAAAACAAAAAUUAACCCCCGUCCGUGAGUGAACAAAAUUUUUUUGUUCACUCACGGAGGGGGGGAGUAAGGCACUUCCAGCUGGCAGUCUUAUUGGCAUUAAUCCAGGAUUUGCGACAUGGUCUCGUUCAACUGGAGAUAUCAAAGACUACUGUUGGGCAAGUAUUGAUUAUAAGUCAUGCACGAUAAUUUCUACCACAAAACUAGAAAUUACUACCACUAAAGAUUUGAUAGCUGGGACAACCAUCCAAAUUUACCUUGACUCUGUAUUGAGUUUGCCAUCAACAGUAGGAGCGACAAGUUCUGGCUGGCAAAUAAGUACGUCUUGGCAAAGCACAACCAUUACAAGCGAUCCGAACCCAGGAACUUCGUUUACAAUUAAUGCAGGAGUUAGCACACUUAUUGCGAUUUCUUCAGUGAAAAUUAGUGAUGUAAAAAAUGCAGCCGAAGCUGCCACUUAUGUGUUUUCAUUUUCCAGUGGCGCAGAUGUGGCUAGCGGAGAUUACUUUGUGAUACAGUUUCCUAGGAAUUUCGAUCCAUAUAUUGGAGAUGCGAUUAAUACGUAUUCUGAUUGCUUACCGAAUACUUGGCUAUUAAGCUGCAAUUCCACUGCUCUGGGAAGUGUUUCCUGUGCUUCUGAUCAUUGGUAUCUCCUUAUAAAUGGAAUUUCUAAGACAUCUACAGCUUCUACAAUCCUUGAUCUUACAGUUCAAAGCGUAAGAAAUCCAGCGGCUGGCACCACUGGUUAUUUCAAUAUAUACCACUAUGCCUCAGCAGGAACUGUUAAAGCGUAUUUUACCUCGACCACCAGUGUUACUACAACUUCAGUUUCCCCAAGCUCAAUAAUUUUGAAAGAUGUGUUAUCAAGCUCCAGUCAGCUUGUGGCCUCUUCAAAAUACACCUUUGAUUUCUACGUUGCUUCAGCUACUUAUACAAAUGAUAUCAAAUUCGUGAUUACUUUUCCUGAACAAUUUAAUUUGCAAUUAUACAUUGGAACUUCUACAGCUUGCUCUACUUCUUAUUAUGAUGAGUCUAAUAGUGCAGGAACUGACUAUACAAAAGCUUUAUCAUGGAUUUCUGCUACGUCUUGUGCAGUCAGUGGACAGCAGGUGACCCUUGCAAUUCCUAGUGGCACUAGUCAAGCUUUUGCCAGCACUUCAAGAGUUCAAAUUUCUUUGACGUCAAUUAAUAACCCUCAAUGGGGAAUUGAUAGGUCGGAUGUAGGCUGGGAUAAUAUUUAUACUGCGACUUAUGGGAAUUUUGAUUAUUGGACGAGCCGAUUUGUUGUUUCAGCCAUCAGUGCAACCAGCACUGCAAUUUCUGCUAAAAGCUAUGGAAUUCUUAAUUCAGCAUAUUUAGGGUACUCUUUAAAUACUAUUUCAGCGAUAAUUGGUUCUUAUGAUCCUGCAACUAAAAAUGGGAAAAUCCAAGUAGCUCCUGGAACUCAAACUAGCGAUAUUACAAUUACUUUGGAUGACAACUGGCCAUUGAAGUCUAGAUCGCUUAAGCUGACUCCUACUACAAAUACUAAUUAUCCAGACAGUGGGAAAUUGAAAUAUACUUCAGCGCAUUAUAAUUGAAUAAUUUAUCAGAUGUGCUCAAGCCUGAAUUUCAGAGUUUCAGCACUCACAGGGGCGGCUGUAGGGAUUUAUUAUAUUGAUUGGGCGGUAAACGAAACUCCACAAACUGGAUUAUCUAAUCAAUAUAGCGCUCCUUUGAGUAUCAUAGUUGAAGUCUGCACCCUUUCAGCAGCAACAAUUAUAAUUGCAGAUAUCCCUAAUUUAAUUAUCGGGGCCCAAAGCAUCCCAAUCGCAGUUACGCUUACAAACUCUCCAGCGUCAGAUUUGACUAUAACUCCUUCAUUUGGAUCAUCUACCUCUUUAAUUGCGAUAACCCCCUCAUCUCUUGCAUUUAAACCAGAUAUCAACGUCUUAUACUUCCAACUGACUGUCUCCAGCUCAUAUACAGCUACUUCUCCAACUCUUUCGUUUACCCUCACAGGCACCGAUGUGGCAGCUUUUGUUCAGCCUACAUCUAAAUCUCUAACUCCCCCCCCCCCCUCCGUCCGUGAGCGAACAAAAAAAUUUUGUUCGCUCACGGAGGGGGGUUAAUUUUUUUUUUUAAAAAAAAAUUUAUAUAUAAAUUUUAUAAAAAAAUAUUUUUUUCGAAAUUUAAAAAAAAUCCUAAUUUGCAAAAAUUGGGGAAGCAAAUAUUAAUUUAAUUUGCAAAAUUUAUGUUUUAAAACGCAAUUUGUUUUUAAAUUAAACAGAAUUAGCUCUAGAUUUCAUUAUACUAAUUAUCACUUAUAUAUCAAAAUUUUUUUCCAUUAAAAUUUUUUCUAUUAAAAAAAUUUUUGUUCACUCACGGAGGGUGGGUUUUUGGUCAAAAAAUGGCGAUUUUUCUAAUGGUUUUGUUCGCUCACGGAGGGGGGGGGGUAGUAAGUGUUUCCACAACCUCUAGCACAACUGUUUCAGCAACUGUCACAUUGUCAUCAGCUGUAAAAAGUGGCACUGAAGCAGUCAUAACAGCGACUUGUUCUCAAAACAUUGUGCUAUACUGAAGUCUUUCCUGCAAAGGAUCUGUAAUUCCAUCAUUUUCUGAAAUCGUAGCAGCAACUGCAGAUCUUGUGACAAGAGCCUCAGACACUUAUUAUCUUCAAGAACAAUUAGACAUUGAUUAUGAGGCUACAGAGACUGCUCCUGAUUAUAAUAAAGGAGACACUGAUAUCCAGUCAUUUUUCAGAAGGAAGCAUAAAGAACAUUGUGCAACUCCAUGGACUUCUUCACAGGUUAUUUAUGCAGGAGAAGCUGCUACUAUUGAUUUGAAUUGGCUGAUGGGUGCUACAGAUUAUACAUUUACAGCUUAUGCUGCUAAUGAAGUUGUUAAUAGCACAACUCCUACAACGAAUAACUUUACAACAGCUCCUCUUCCUACACUUUCAACCUAUACUGUUACAUUUGCAGGGAGUGUGGCACAAAGCAGUGGGUUUAGCAUUAAAUCGACAAUUGCUAAAAACAUGGGAAUUAACCCUGCAUGGCUUACUGGGCAAGUUUAUAUAUCAAGCUCAAGCAGGAUGCUGAUUGAUUCAAUCGGGAGAUCAGCCUUUACUUAUAACGUUCUUUAUGAUCGAAGUAAGCCCUAUUAUUCUCCAAGCAAAAUUAUAGCGAAUAUUGAUGAAAUUCAGCUGACCUCAGAUUUAUAUAAACUUGUAGGAGUUUCCCCCACUUUGUCCUCAGGUAGCGUGACUACUCAGACUACUCCAAGCUGGGUUGCAGCUCCAGUCAAUGGGACUGUAGGAGAAACGUCAGCUGUAUUUACAGCGACUUCUACGCAAGAUGGAAUUGUUUGUGUGUCUUGUACAGAAAGUGUGAUUUCAGAUAAAAAUGUUUAUGCUUGGCAGGUUGUAGAUGGAUUAGAUGGCAACUCUUUGGAAGCCUAUGCAGACUGUGAAAAUAGUACGGCUACUGUGAAUACAACAUUAACAGUUUCUGGGUUGACUCAAGGAACAGUUUAUUAUUGCUAUUUUACUGCAUGCAAUAGCUAUCCACUAUGGCCAAGCUGUAUUGACUAUACUUCUACAACUCCUUUAGCAUCAGUGACAAUUAAUACAACAACUCCAGUGAGUGAUGAUAGUGGUGCGAUAAUAUUAGCUGUCACUGGAUUUCUCUUAUUCUUUAACUAG